CCUUUCUCGCUUGCUCUUCCGCUACUGUUACAGAGUUGCAGUUCAGCGAGAGGAGAGAGAGAGAGAGAGAGACGCCAUGACUCUGGUCGCAGGCUCAUACGAGAAAUUCAUAUGGGGAUACAAACUCAAAACCCAAGACUCUCCAACUCUGAAACCCCUCUUCUCCUACCCAUCCCACCUUUCCACCAUCAAAUGUGUCGCGGUCGCCGGCCCCGUUGCCGUCUCCGGCGGAGCUGACGACGCCAUCAAAAUCUACGAUCUUUCCACCUCCUCCGAGGUCGGAACCCUAAUGGACCAUAAAGGCGCUAUUACUGCUCUCUCCUUCUACACACCCUCUCCUUCUCUCUCCUUCCCUCGUAAUCUGCUAAGUGGUUCAGAAGACGGCACCGUGUGUAUCUAUGACGCCGACCCUUUUGUUCAUCUCAAGACUCUGUCGCCUCAUAAGAGAGGGGUUAAUGAUCUCACUAUACAUCCUUCAGGGAGAUUAGCGUUGUCUGUUGGGAGAGAUUCUAGUUUGGCCAUGUUGAAUUUGGUGAGAGGGAAGAGGAGCUUUCACUGUAAGUUGGGUAAGGAGGCAACGAUAAUCAGGUUUGAUGGUGAAGGUGAUAAGUUCUUUAUGGUGAUGGACGAGAAGAUCUCGGUCCAUGAAUCUGGGGAUGCGAAGUUGAUUUUCGAGAUGGAGAAUCAAAAGAGGGUUCUUUCCUUUGCGCCCGGCACGAACGGCCUCUUAUUUGCUGGAGGAGAGGACCGCAGUGUCACUGCAUGGGAUACAAAAAGCGGCAAAGUUGCAUUCUACAUUGAGGGUGCUCAUUCAUCUCGUGUGAAAGGUGUUGUUGUUUUGACUAGGAAUGAUGGUGGUGACGAUGUUGAUGUUGAUGACCCCUAUCUAGUAGCAUCUGCAUCGUCUGAUGGGGUCAUACGGGUCUGGGAUGUCCGCAUGGCCAAGAGGGAGAAGCCAAAUCCACUGGUGGAGGCUAACACAAAAUCAAGGCUGACUUGUCUGGCUGGAUCCUCUAUUAAAUCUUUUCAAAAACCACAGAUGGGGAACUGUGUUACAAACAAAGAACAAGAUAUAAUGAUGGAAGAUUCGUAAGUUAUGGGGAAAAGACAGAGACUGUAUCAUUAAGCAAUUACUCACACUACGAUGAAAAAGGUUAUAUCAGUGAGUUUCUGUACCAGUGGUUGUGAUAUCACUGAGAAACCAAUUUUGUAUGAGAGUCAUGAGCUUGAAUUGUCAAUAGUAAGAUGAUGGUUCAAUCAAUGUAUGGUUUUUCAUUUUUAC